AACAGAAUCAAACUUUACAUAGAUCGAGUAUGAUCGACGAAGCUUUUAUACUCGUGUAUACGUACAACUAAGUAAUAUCGAAACAAGCUUCGUUUUUCUAGACUAUCGCAAUGCGUCUUUUUGUGCGUUUAAAUAUAAUAGACCUUUCUAUAAGGUUAGUAUCUACAUCGAAAGAAAAUAUUAAUCUUUUAUGUGUGUGUUGUAUUAUUGAGAACAUACAUAUUUACUAGAAACAUGUUAUAAACCAGUAGAGAUUUUAGUUUACGUUAAUAAAAGUUGAAGAAAAAGUUGUCUAAGAUAUAUUUAGCUUUUCUAUAUAAUUAGGAAAAUAAGAAAAAUUAAAAUAUAAUUAAUAAUUUAGAAAUAAUAAUAAAAGAAUGUGUGUGUGUAUGUGUGUGUAUAUAUAAGUAAAUUAAUCUGUAUCGAUAUAGAUUAUUAUAUAGAAACAUACAUGCUAUGCAAGUUGUAAAAAACACUUCAGUCUCCCACUUGAAUAUUAGUUCAUUUCCGCUUUACACCAGAUGGCGCUUCGAAAAAAGAAAUCAUGUAUUUUCUCUAUCUAGAUUGUCAUUAGACUAGAGUAGUAUUAGAACCGAGUACAUUUCGUUUGAAAUCGAAUCUUAAUGGUGGAAACAGCAUGUGAUCCUACAAUUGAAAGACACUUAAAAGGUCAUAAAGAUGCAAUUACUGGUCUCCAUUUUCAUCCUACUAAUAAUCAAUUAGUAUCUAGUAGUAUGGAUAAAACUUUGAUGUUAUGGAAUUUUACGGAUUCAAUUAGAGGAUAUAAAUUAAAGGCGCAUAAAGAUUCUGUGUUAGAUGUUAGCUAUGCCCCUUCUGGAGAAAUCAUAGCUAGUGCAUCAAGAGAUCGUUCCAUAAGAAUAUGGAUACCUAGAAUAACAGGGCAAUCUGUAGAUUUCAAAGCACAUUCAGGAGCUGUAAGCUCAUUACAUUUCUGUCCUAAUGGAGAACGGUUACUUAGUACAUCUCAUGAUAAAAUUUGUAAAUUGUGGAUGUUGUGUAAAAGAAAAUUUCUUUUAUCAUUUAAUGGACAUACAAAUUGGGUCAGAUGUGCUAAGUUUUCUCCUGAUGGUAGGCUUAUAAUAUCAUGUAGUGAUGACAAGACUAUUAAAUUAUGGGAUGUCUCUACUGGAAGAUGUAUUAAAACUAUUAAUGAAGUUAAAGCUCCUGCUGUAUAUGUGGAGUUCCAUCCAAGUGGUGGUGUUAUUGGAUCGGCUAAUAUAGGUGGCUAUGUAAAAUUAUAUGAUCUAAGAACAGGCUCAUUGUAUCAACAUUAUGCUGUUCACAAAGGUCCUGUGCAUGUCGCAAAAUUUCAUCCAAAAGGAAAUUUUAUGUUAACUGCUUCAGAAGAUACUACUAUGAAAGUUUUAGAUUUAUUGGAAGGCCGUCCAAUUUAUACCCUUAAAGGACAUAAUAGUGCUGUUACAUCAAUUGCGUUUUCUCUUAAUGGAGAUUACUUUGCAUCAGGUGGUGCUGAUUUUCAGCUUUUAACGUGGAAGACUAAUUUUGAUAAAGAUGAUAAGAAUAGAAAAGUUCCUCGAAUAUUAGUGCCACCUAUGCAAGAUAUAAAAUAUAAGGAUAGAUUGUUAAGUGAAACAGAUAUUCAUGAAGAAAUGGAAGAAUAUGAAGAACAACAAGAGUUAUUAUUAUCAUCAGUGGAAUCUGUGAAAUCUAAAUCUGAUACAAAAAUUUGUAAAGGAUUUAUUCCUAAAUUACCAAAUGAAGAUGUACAAGUUGAAGUGAUUAAUUUGAAAAAACAGAAAGAACUUAAGAAAGACAGGGAACAAGAUUCUUUAUGUAUUGCAGAUAAAGUACCUGAUUCGCGUUCUAGUCAAAGCAUUAAUAUAAUUGAAAUGCUAAAUGAACAAGUAGAAUCACUACGAACUACUAUUCAUAUAUUAGAACAACGAUUAAGUGCAGUCGAAAAAGAAUUGAAAUAUAAAUAAAUAUAAUCAAAAUAAUUUAUAUAAAAUAAAAUAAGUUUAUUACAAGUUAGUAAAUAUAAUCUCACAUCAUUUAUAUUAUUCAUAUAAAAUAAGUAAUACUUCUCUUCUUUCUCUUUCUCUCUCUCAAAGUACAUAAUUCCUUAUCAUGUCUGAACAUUUUAUAAAAUUUCUAGAUCUAAAAACACAAUUCCCUGAAAAUUGAAUAAUCAACUGAGAUAAUCAAGGACUAAUUAAAUUAAUGACUAGCAUCUUUUUCUAAAAUUUGUUUUUGAUGAGUCAGAAAUUAUAGGUUACAUGAGCAUUUUUGGACAGUUCGAAUUAGAAAAAAUAAAAAAAUUUUUAUAUUAUUUAUAUU